AUGGUGGCCCAAGGUGUCCUAUGGAUCCUGCUCGGAUUGGUGCUGUGGCCAGAACCUGGCACAGCCUCCCUGCCCCUGCGUAUGGAGUUCGUCAUCCAGGCCCUGGGUGAGCUCGAACAGAAGGCACCAGAGACUGAGGCCAGAUCCAGGGCCUCUACGUGGCUACUGUCAUCCCAGGACACCGGCCCUCAUGACUCUCUCCACCGCUUCGUGCUGUAUGGGCAGGGCCUCAAGGCCAUGGAACUGGACCGCCACCUGCUGAGCACAGAGCUUCGAGACCUGAUGGAGAGAGUGGCCCACCAUGGUGUACAGGGUGGGCAGGAGUAUGGGGUGGUGCUGGCACCUGAUGGCUCCACCGUGGCCGUGCAGCCACUGCUGGCCGGACUGAAAGCAGGGCUACAGGGGCGCAAAGUGGUGGACUUGCCCUUGAACAGCACAGGCCCUCUUCAGGAUGCCACAACCACCUUUCUGGAUGUUGGAGCCACCGCUCCAGAGGUAAGAGCCACUUCCCCAAGACUCACAGCGACCUCACCAGAUGUCACCUUUCCAGAUGUGGAAGCUGCUUCACCAGAUACCAAAGCCACAAUCCCCACCAGUGUGGACAGCCUCCUGGCAGUCACCCUGGCCAUAGACCUGGGCCUCACUUUUCUCCAGGGACCCCAGAGUCAUCCUGGCCUGGGAACCGAGGGCUGCUGGGACCAGCACCUUGCCCCCCAGACCUUCACCCUCCUGGAACCCAAAGCCACGCCACUCACCAUGGCCUUUCUCAAUGGUGCCCUGGAUGGGGCACUCCUGGGAGACUAUCUGAGCCGAACCCCUGAGCCCUGGCCACCCCUCAGCCUCCUGCUGAGCCAGUACUAUGGAGCUGGUGUGGCCGGAGAGCCGGGGCUCCGCAGCAACUUCCGAAGGCAGAAUGGAGCUGUUCUGUUCUCUGCCCCCACCCUGGCCCAGCAGGUGUGGGGGGCCCUCCUUCUGCUACAGAAACUGAAGCCUGCACACCCCCAGCUGCAAGGAAUGAGCCAAGAUCAGCUGGCUCAAAUGGCCAACCAUGCCACCAAGGAGUUCACCAAGGCUUUCCUGGAAUGUCCGGCCAUCCACCCCCGCUGCCGCUGGGGCGCGGCGCCAUACCGGGGCCAGCCGACGCCGCUGAAGCUGCCGCUGGGUUUCUUGUACGUGCAUCACACAUACAUACCCGCGCCGCCAUGCACCGACUUCGCGCAAUGCGCUGCCAGCAUGCGCUCCAUGCAGCGCUUCCACCAGGACACGCGCGGCUGGGAUGACAUCGGCUAUAGUUUCGUGGUAGGCUCGGACGGAUACGUGUACGAGGGCAGAGGCUGGGACCGCGUGGGCGCGCAUACGCGUGGCUACAAUUCCCGCGGCUUCGGGGUGGCCUUCGUGGGCAACUAUACCGCAGAGCUGCCCACCGAGGCCGCGCUGCGCACCAUGCGUGACGAGCUCCCGCGUUGCGCGCUGCGCUCGGGCUAUCUGCGACCCGACUACAAGGUGCUUGGCCACCGCCAGCUUGUGAAGACCGAGUGUCCGGGCGACGCACUCUUCAACCUCCUGCGCACUUGGCCGCGCUUCGCCUCUGAUGUGAAGCCAAGAGCUGCUAGGAGGGCCUCUUGGAAGCCCAGGAGGGAGCCACCACCAAUCCUGCCAGCUACAGACCCCCAAUAA